AUGGCAGCUCCAGAAGUCCACCACUUGUUCCACCACCCGAUUGCGGAUCACUCCUUCUCCGCCGAUAGGCAGACAUUGGCAGUAGCCAAAGACAACACAAUUGAACUGUACGGCAAGUCCGGCAACAGGUUCGUUCUGAAAGAUGAGCUCAAAGGUCACGACAAGACAGUCACUGGUGUCGAUAUUGCGCCAAAUAGUGGCAUGAUCGUGACCUGCUCCCAAGAUCGCAAUGCCUACGUUUGGGAGCCUUCAUCUACAGAUGGUGGCUGGAAACCUACCCUCGUCCUCCUCCGUAUCAACCGAGCUGCUACCUUUGUCCGAUGGUCGCCAUCCGAGCGAAAGUUCGCAGUUGGUUCUGGCGCGCGUGUUAUUGCAGUCUGUUACUUUGAGGAAGAGAAUGAUUGGUGGGUGUCUAAGCAUCUCAAGAAGCCGAUCAGAAGCACUAUCACGACUCUCGCAUGGCACCCGAACUCUGUGUUGCUAGCUGCUGGGUCUACGGACAGCCAUGCCCGUGUCUUCUCGGGAUUUAUCAAAGGUAUAGAUGAGCGACCUGAGGCCAGCGUCUGGGGUGAGAGAUUACCCUUCAACACAGUUUGUGGAGAAUACUUGAACGACAGCGCUGGGUGGAUCCACGCAGUAUCCUUUGCGCCAUCUGGUGAUGCGCUUGCUUUUGCAGGUCACGACAGCAGCAUCACGGUCGUCUACCCUAGUGGUCCGGAACAGCCACCAAGAGCUAUGAUCAGCAUCAGUACCCAGACACUGCCAUUCACCAGUCUCAUCUGGAACGGCGACGCAGAGAUAAUUGCAGCUGGUUACGAUUGCGAACCCUUCCGUUUCCGAGGCAGUGAGCAAGGUUGGGAGCUCGUCGGCAGUGUGGAGAGCAAGAGGACUGGUCAAGGCGCUGCUACGGAGGAAAGUGCGAGGAACAUGUUCAGGCAGAUGGAUCUCAGAGGAAAGGCUAAAGACGAUACUCAGUUGAGUACUACUCAUCAGAACACGAUCAACACUAUCAGAGUCUUCUCUGGCAGUCAAGCUGGAGUGCAGCAGUUUAGCACUAGUGGAGUGGACGGACGUGUGGUCAUCUGGCAUGCUUAA